GUAACAACAGUGAAGGCGACAUGUGAGGAGGACAAGUUGGAUUAAAUGAUGACGCUGAGCGACCAGAAGGCAUCAAAGCUGACAACUUGCCCGGUAGUGUGGCCCCCUGCCGCCUCAUGAGGUGAAGCCCCUCUCCGCAUCCUGCCAGCAGCACCGAGUAAGGGAUGACAACGCUCUUCUUGCUUCUGGCAAUGUUCCUCCUCUCUGGCAGCAUCCAGACGUCCCCUGCUGUGACCAUGGAUAAGCUGCAGGAGAGCUGGAAGUUGUACAUGGACGAGUGUGAGCUCAACAAUAGCAGAGCGCCUCCAAACAGUGGUCUUGUGUGCAACAGAACCUUCGACAAGUACGCCUGCUGGCCUGACGGACUACCCAACACUACCGUUAGCGUGUCAUGUCCAUGGUACCUACCGUGGUACCAUAAAGUUCAGUAUGGAAUGGUGUACCAGGAAUGUAAUGCUAACGGUCAGUGGGUAACUAUGAAGAACACCAGCGAGUGCGACUCUAAUGAUCCCAGUCAGCAGUACUACCGACACAUUCGCAUCAUGUACACAAUUGGAUACUCUCUGUCUCUGGUGGCUCUGGUGUUGGCGCUCAGCAUACUUAUCUUCUUCAGGAAGCUGCACUGUAUGAGGAACAACAUCCACAUGAACCUCUUUGCCUCCUUCAUCCUGCGGGCGUUGUCCAUCCUCAUCAAGGAUGCGCUCAUGGAGGCGAACAUUACCUCGCAGGACCUGAGCCCGGACCAGGACCAGGGAUUCUCACAGGCCUCCAUGUCGCCCGUAGACCUGUUUGUCAACAAUGAGAUAACCAUCAGCUGUCGAGUGGCGGCGGUGAUGAUGCAAUACAGCAUCUUGGCCAACAGCUACUGGCUCCUGGUGGAAGGUAUCUACCUCCACAACCUGCUGGUCAUCACCGUGUUUACAGAGAAGAACUACUUCCAGAUCUACCUGUGCAUCGGCUGGGGUACACCCUUAAUAUUCCUUGUUCCCUGGGUCAUCGCCAAAUAUCUUCAUGAGAAUCAAGAAUGCUGGGGUCAGAACAUCAACAUGAACUAUUGGUGGAUCAUACGAUCUCCCAUACUGGUGGCCGUGCUGAUCAACUUCCUGAUCUUCAUCCAUAUUAUCAAAAUCCUUGUGUCCAAGCUGAGAGCACAUCAAAUGAGAUACACAGACUACAAAUUCAGGUUGGCCAAGUCGACCUUAACGCUCAUCCCCCUGCUGGGUAUCCAUCAAGUGGUCUUUAUUUACGUCACUGACGAGGCCACAGAGACCACCAUCGGUUUGCGUCUCACCAAGUUGGUCAUUGACCUUUUCUUCUCCUCCUUCCAGGGUCUCCUGGUAGCUAUCUUGUACUGCUUCGUCAACAAAGAAGUGCAGUCCGAGGUGCUGAAAAAGUGGAAGCGCUGGAAGCUGGGCCGCAACAUCGAGGAGGAGUACCGCCACACGUACAGCAACAUGCCCAACACCAAGACAGGAAGCCUGCUCAACCACGUCUCGCAGCCACCGCCCCAACUCCCCGAGCGGGCCGAGCGGUCGGCGUCCAUCUGCUCCCCCGAGGAGUGGCACAUGCUGGUGGCCAACGGGGGCGGGGCCGACCACGGCAAAGCGGCGGGCCAGCGCGGCUCCCCGCUGCACGAGGGCACGAUCGGUCACUACACCGCGGUGGAGGACAUGGGCGUUGUGGACAAGAGCAGGAACAUGGAGGGCCUCCAAUGAAGGACGCCACACUUUAGUCAGUACUGAGCAGCUCUGACGGACACAGUCAGUGGGCGAGUGCUGACGGACACAGUCAGUGGGCGAGUGCGUGGCCCUCGCAGCCUGGUGGGGACCUGCAGGCCUUCCUCAAGGCAAACCGAGCCAUGUAAAAUAAUACUUUUUGGAAACAGCAAUUCAAAGACUUUACAUAAGAAGCCUCUGAGUUGCAGUGCUGAAGGCCAAAGUGGACCUUCAACUGUAGACCUGGUCUGGGUUUUUUUGUUGUUGCAGGGUUUAAAUAAGGCGGUACAAAUCUAACAGCAGAAAUGCUAACCUCAGUGAGGAUGUUCCUGGUCAAUCCUGACACCUCAAUUUUCUUUUUAUAUAUUCUGUUUUUUUGCAAAUCACUUUACAGUCUGUGACGGUCUCAAGCCAUCGUGUGGGUUCAAAGGACCACCAAGCACAGACAUUCUGCGAGCAGGUGUAGACUUCUUUAUUUUUCAAUAAGAAAAAGUCUCUUGCGGGUUGCUUUUCAGCUCUGCCGCUUUCACUGCUCGCUCCUCGGUUCGCUUUUCAGCCUUCCGCGUCAUCUGCCUCUUGCUCUUUUCCACGCUGCAUGUGUUUCUGCUCGCUCUCCAACUCCUUCUGCCCCGUCCUUCUCGGCUG